AUGGGAGUCACCGUCAUCAUCGUUGGAGGCAGCGUCUCAGGUCUGUCUCUGGCCUGCAUGCUGGAGAAAUUCAACAUCAACUAUAUUCUCCUGGAAGGACACGCCAACAUUGCGCCGCAGCUCGGCGCAAGCCUCGGAUUGCUCCCAAGCGGUCUGCGCAUUCUGGAGCAACUCGGGUGCUAUGACAAGAUUCGUGAAUUGGCCGGUGACACCUACUACCGCACGAGGAUGCGCUUGUUCAGUGGGAAGCACUGGAUUGACCCGGAAGCUACGACGUUCUCGGAGAAGCUGGAGGAGAGCUUGCAGAAUGGUACUCAGCUCAUGCUGUCUCUUACAAUCGGAUAUCCGAAAAUUUUCAUCGAUCGCCGGAUGGUUAUUCAAGUCCUGUUCGACAGCCUCAACCACAAGGACCGGGUCCUCACGAGCAAACGCGUCCAUUAUGUUGAGCACGAAAAGGAUCACAUCAAUGUACACACGAAAGAUGGCCCCGUGUACACGGGGGAUAUUGUCGUCGGCGCCGACGGCAUCCAUAGCACCAUCAGGCAGGAAAUGUGGCGGAUUGCACAUGCUGCGGAAUCCGAUGUCUUUCAGGCAGAUCCCCUCUCUGACCUCCAAUGCGAAUCGAAAUGCAUCUUCGGCAUCUCCAAAAGACCCCCCAGCUUACCCAAGGAACCCCAGCAGAUCAACGCCUUCUUCACGAACUGCAACUACAUGAUCAUCUCCGCACCCGAGGACAGAUACUACUGGUUCAUGUUCACGGAAGCCAAGAAAGCCCAUACCAAGGAUAUUCCCAGGUAUACAGAGGAAGACGAACGCCAGCUCGCGGAGCAGCAUAUCGGGGACCAGUUGACGGAAACAACGACAUUCAAAGACCUCUACAUACACCGCUUGCAAACGGCCCUGGUGAGCAUAGAAGACCACGUCUUUCCCCGCUGGUACUAUCGAAGGAUAAUCGCAAUCGGAGACGCAGCGCACAAGCUCCAUCCCAUCAGCGCACAGGGAGGAAGCAGUGCCAUGGAAACCGCAGCCGUCUUAGUCUACACGCUUCUCCCGGCUUUAGAGGGUCAGGAACCGCUGACGGAAAGCGCCAUCGAGGCCCUCUUCGCCGAAGUCCAAGCAAAACGGUUCCCACGCGCCGUGGACGCGCUGAACCAGGGUCGACACACAAACGCGGCCUCGAUCAAGGAAACGUUCUUCUCGAAGAUCGUCGUCGAUUACCUUUUUCUCCCGUUCGGGCAGAGCUUGAUCUUUCGUCUUAUUGUUAAUAACACAAUGGGCAGUGAAAAUGUGGAUCGGCUGCCGUUGCCAAAGAGGUACACGGAUGCUGUUGCGCGCUAUGAAAGGGGCAACUGCAGGAGGAACUGGAUUGUUUGGGCUUUGGUGUCUGUUUAUGCUGGGGGUCUUGUCUGUUCCACCAUUGGUAUGGAUACCUUCACCUUCUACGCCCUCGGCGCCCUGGGUGUGUGGGCAGCCGCCAGCCAGUUUCCUCCGGGACAGACUCACCCAUCCUGCGAAGAGCUCACGUCCCUCCUUCCAGACCGAGUCUCUACCCCGCGCAGCCAGACGUACAUGCAGUCCGUCUCGUCGUAUUUCAGCCACCAAGAGCGGACCCUCCAGCCAGCCUGCAUUGUCCAGCCAACAACCGUAGACGAGGUUUCCACCGCCAUAGUCACUCUGGCACGCGCACACCGUGAAUAUGACGAGUAA